CCCAUAAAUUCCAUUUUCUCUCUCUCUACCCCACGAAAUAUACUCUUUUCUUUCUUCCACACUGUCCUUAAGCAAGAAAAUCAACAGUAAAAAGCUUCCAUUAUCAACAUCUGCAACACACUACUAUCAAAUGCACAUACUAUUUUCUGUCUACUUUGGUUAGUAGUAACUACAUAGCAGAGUAGAUAAGAUUCAGGUUUUGUUAGUCAUCAAGUGAUCAUUUAGCACAAUUUUUAGGAAUAUGACUUCAAGAUCCUUUAAAGCUUCUGAUUCCCAACAGGGUAAGGCUUCUGGUGUUACUUUUGCAAGGAGGACCUCGUCGGGUCGGUAUGUGAACUUAUCAAGGGAAUCACUGGAUAGUGAGUUUAGUGGCGUUGAAUUUGCAAACUACACAGUGCAUAUCCCUCCAACCCCUGAUAAUCAACCUAUGGAUCCUUCAAUUUCUCAGAGGGUUGAAGAGCAGUACGUGUCGAGUUCCUUGUUUACCGGUGGUUAUAACAGUGUGACUCGUGCUCACUUGAUGGAUAAGGUAAUUGAAUCAGAAACUAACCAUCCUCAGAUGGCUGGUGCUAAAGGUUCUUCUUGUGCUAUACCAGGUUGUGAUGGGAAAGUCAUGAGUGAUGAAAGGGGUGAAGAUAUUCUUCCUUGUGAGUGUGAUUUUAAAAUUUGCCGGGAUUGUUACGUUGAUGCUGUCAAAACUGGUGAUGGGAUAUGUCCUGGUUGUAAAGAGCCUUACAAAAGCACUGAUUUAGCUGAGAAUGCUGUUGAUCCUUCUGGACGACCUCUGACUUUACCUUCAAACGUUAGCAUGUCUAAAAUGGAAAGGAGGUUGUCAUUGAUGCGAUCGGGUAAUAAGUCAGCGAUAAUAAGAAGCCACUCGGGGUUGAUGAGGAGUCAAACAGGGGAUUUUGAUCAUAAUAAAUGGUUAUUUGAGACAAAAGGAACGUAUGGCUAUGGAAAUGCUAUAUGGCCAAAGGAUGAGGGGUUUGGAAAUGACAAAGACGAUAAUGCUGGUGAGCCUUCUGAACUUCUGAACAAGCCUUGGAGGCCUCUUACACGUAAGCUGAAGAUACCCGCUGCAGUUAUCAGCCCAUACCGGCUGUUGAUUCUUAUUCGUGUUGUUGUUCUUGGACUAUUUCUUCAAUGGAGAAUUACCCAUCCAAACGAUGACGCUAUAUGGUUAUGGUAUAUGUCCAUAAUCUGUGAGAUUUGGUUUGCAAUCUCUUGGCUGCUUGACCAGCUUCCAAAGUUAUGCCCCGUUAACCGUGCUACCGAUCUUAAUGUUUUGAAAGAAAAAUUUGAAACCCCAACUCCUACCAAUCCCACAGGAAAAUCUGAUCUUCCAGGUAUAGACAUAUUUGUCUCUACUGCGGAUCCCGAGAAAGAGCCACCACUAGUCACUGCAAACACGAUACUGUCUAUCCUUGCGGCUGAUUACCCUGUCGAAAAGCUUUCGUGCUAUAUUUCUGAUGAUGGAGGUGCUCUUCUGACAUUUGAAGCAAUGGCAGAAGCUGCAAGUUUUUCCAACACUUGGGUGCCUUUUUGUCGUAAACAUGAUAUCGAACCAAGGAACCCAGAAACCUACUUCAGCUUGAAGAGAGACCCGUACAAGAACAAAGUACGUCAAGAUUUUGUGAAGGACCGCAGACGGGUGAAGCGUGAAUAUGAUGAAUUUAAGGUUCGAAUCAAUAGCCUUCCUGAUUCAAUUCGUCGGCGUUCUGAUGCAUAUAAUGCUCGAGAAGAAAUCAAGGCUAUGAAGCUUCAGCGAGAGGCAGCUGGGGAUGAGCUUUUGGAACCCAUCAAGAUAACAAAGGCCACUUGGAUGGCAGAUGGAACCCACUGGCCUGGUACAUGGAUGGCUUCUGCUCCCGAGCACACUAGGGGUGAUCAUGCAGGAAUCUUACAGGUUAUGUUAAAACCUCCAAGUGAUGAACCCUUACAUGGAAACUCUGCUGAUGACCGUCUAAUUGAUUUAACAGAAGUUGAUAUUCGGCUCCCCUUGCUGGUGUAUGUCUCUCGUGAGAAGCGUCCUGGCUAUGAUCAUAACAAAAAGGCUGGAGCCAUGAAUGCCUUGGUCCGAGCUUCGGCCAUCAUGUCUAAUGGCCCCUUUAUUCUCAACCUUGAUUGUGAUCACUACAUCUACAACUCGCAGGCUAUUAGGGAGGGAAUGUGUUUUAUGAUGGACCGUGGUGGGGAUAGAAUCUGUUAUGUUCAGUUUCCUCAACGUUUUGAGGGAAUUGAUCCUUCUGACCGUUAUGCUAAUCACAACACUGUUUUCUUUGAUGUCAACAUGCGUGCCCUUGAUGGCCUUCAAGGUCCAAUGUAUGUGGGGACUGGUUGCCUCUUCCGCAGGACUGCUCUUUAUGGUUUUGACCCACCACGAACCAAGGAACACCACCCUGGUUGCUGCAGCUGUUGUUUUGGUCAGCGCAAGAGUAAGGCCACCGUGUCUUCUGUCGAUAAUGACAACAGGGCACUUAGAAUGGCGGAUUUUGAUGACGAGGAGAUGAAUCUUGCUGCCUUUCCUAAAAGGUUUGGUAACUCAAGUUUCCUCAUUGAUUCCAUUCCAGUCGCAGAAUUCCAAGGUAGACCACUUGCUGAUCAUCCUGCAGUAAAGAAUGGACGACCACCUGGUGCUCUAACUAUCCCAAGGGAACUUCUUGAUGCCUCCACUGUUGCUGAAGCGAUCAGUGUCAUUUCAUGUUGGUAUGAGGACAAAACUGAAUGGGGCAAUAGAGUUGGAUGGAUUUAUGGGUCUGUUACUGAAGACGUGGUGACGGGGUAUAGGAUGCAUAAUAGGGGUUGGAGAUCUAUUUACUGUGUGACAAAGAGAGAUGCAUUCCGUGGCACUGCACCAAUCAAUCUCACUGACAGGCUUCACCAAGUGCUUCGAUGGGCCACUGGUUCUGUUGAAAUCUUCUUCUCUCGCAACAACGCUUUUUUGGCUAGUCCCAGGAUGAAAAUUUUGCAACGGAUUGCCUACCUCAAUGUCGGUAUCUACCCUUUCACCUCGAUAUUCCUAAUUGUUUACUGCUUCCUCCCAGCACUUUCACUAUUCUCUGGUCAGUUCAUCGUCCAGUCCCUGAAUGUCACCUUCCUCACAUAUCUCCUUGCGAUCACAUUGACUCUCUGCGCGCUCGCGGUUCUCGAGAUCAAGUGGUCCGGGAUUGCUUUGGAAGAGUGGUGGCGUAAUGAGCAAUUUUGGUUAAUUGGGGGCACAAGUGCCCAUCUUGCUGCUGUGCUUCAAGGGCUGCUAAAAGUGGUUGCUGGCAUUGAGAUUUCAUUUACACUGACAUCAAAAUCUGCAGCUGAUGAUGAUGAUGAAUUUGCUGAUCUCUAUAUCAUCAAAUGGACUUCCCUUUUUAUCCCACCUAUUGUGAUCAUGAUGACUAACUUGAUCGCGAUAGCUGUUGGUGUAAGCCGGACAAUAUAUAGCACGAUACCACAAUGGAGCCGGUUGCUAGGAGGGGUUUUCUUCAGUUUUUGGGUGCUAGCUCAUCUCUAUCCUUUUGCAAAGGGAUUGAUGGGAAGGCGCGGAAGGACACCGACAAUUGUAUUUGUCUGGUCAGGACUUAUCGCCAUUACCAUUUCGCUUCUGUGGGUUGCCAUCAACCCCCCUGCUGGUGCUACUGAAAUUGGAGGGUCAUUCCAGUUCCCUUGAUUUUUCCUAACAGGCAUAGGCCAAAUUAGCUCCUGCACAUUCCAUUCAGAUUAUUCUUUAGUUUCAUCAUCUUCCUUUUCUUCCCUCUCUGUAACAAAAUGUGGACACAAGGGCCUUGAAUAUUAUGUGGAUUUUUGCCAUCACUAUUGUCCUUGAAUUUUUGUUUAUGAUUCAAUGUUCAUAGGAAAGGGCAAAACAUACAAUACGUUUUUUGUAAUCAAAGCCUCAAAAAUAGAUAUAUGAAAGUCAGAUUCCUUUGA